UUGCAACGCAAUUGUCAAAACAAACGGCGCGCGAAAGAGACGCUUGCACAAUAGGAAAACAAAACGCUCGCGUUUCAUGUAUUAGCAUGUUGAAAUUGUUGGCAUAUUGAUAGUGUGCAUAGCAAUGCGUAAAAGCCUUGUACCACAGCGAUGUGUCCCGUCGAACGCAGUUCACUCACCGUUCAAAAGUCCGAUCUCGGCCCAGAAACGACAGCGAGAAUGCCGCAAACGUGGAUCGGAAAAGGGCGGCACGGAUCAGCCGCCAACCCCCAAGCUAUCCGUGUCCGAACACGAGCUCAUGAUCAUGAAAAUAUUGACCCAACCGUUCAAGAUACCGAUCGCAAACUAUGUGCCGGAACAUUCGACGCGAUGCUUGGGCAUGAAGCGGUCGGCGGCCCGGCGUGCCUUACACGAUCCAUUCGCUUGCAAUGCGCUGGUGCUUUUUAGCCCACCGGAAUUGUCCGAGCACGACAAGCUGAAAAUGGACAAGAACAAGAUACAGGUGCACGUGGUGGUGGAUCCACUGCUCGGAAAUAUUCUACGACCCCAUCAGCGGGAAGGUGUGAAGUUUAUGUACGAUUGUGUGACCGGUGCGAAGGGCGAUUUUAACGGCUGUAUUAUGGCCGAUGAAAUGGGGCUAGGCAAAACUCUCCAAUGCAUCACACUUCUCUGGACGCUUUUACGACAAAGCCCGGAUUGCAAACCCACCAUCAGCAAAGCCAUCAUUGUGUGUCCAAGUUCGUUGGUAAAGAAUUGGUACAAAGAGUUUGGCAAAUGGCUCGGUUGUCGGGUGAACUGUUUAGCGAUCGAUGGAGGAUCGAAAGAGCAAACGACGAAAGAGCUGGAACAGUAUAUGGCCAAUCAAAGCCAACGACACGGAACGCCUGUGCUGAUUAUUAGCUACGAAACGUUCCGGCUGUACGCCAACAUUCUUAACAAUUCUGAGGUCGGUGCAGUACUGUGCGACGAGGGACAUCGGCUAAAGAACUGCGAGAAUCUUACCUACCAAGCGCUGAUGGGUCUGAAGACGAGUAGAAGAGUGCUGCUGUCUGGUACACCGAUACAGAACGAUCUGACCGAGUAUUACAGCUUGCUGCACUUUGUAAAUCCCGGAAUGCUAGGUUCAACUGCGGAAUUCCGGAAGCAGUUUGAAAAUCCGAUCCUCCGCGGGCAGGACGCAAAUUCAACCGACGCCGAGCGCGAAAAAGCCGCCGAACGGCUGCAAGAGCUCGCCGCGCUCGUAAACCGCUGCAUGAUCCGACGAACCAGCGCCCUACUCACAAAGUAUCUUCCAGUAAAAUUCGAAAUGGUCGUUUGUGUGCGUAUGACCGAAGUACAAACGGCGCUCUACAAAAGCUUCCUCCAGUCCGACACUAUCCGGCGCAGUGUGAUGGAAAAAUCUGCCUCGAAAGCAAGCUUAACCGCACUGUCCAACAUUACCUCGCUGAAGAAGCUGUGCAAUCAUCCGGAUCUUGUGUACGACAAGAUACAGGAGCGUGCGGAUGGGUUCGAGAAUGCGGCCAGCAUCCUGCCCGAUAGCUACAGCCCACGCGAGCUACGGCCGGAGCUGGGCGCCAAGCUAAUGCUGCUAGACUGUAUGCUUGCGUCGAUAAAAACCAACACAACCGACAAGAUUGUGCUCGUCUCUAACUACACGCAAACGCUCGAUCUGUUCGAGAAGCUGUGCCGCAAGCGUGGGUACGGUUACGUGCGGCUCGACGGAACGAUGACGAUCAAGAAGCGGGGCAAGGUGGUGGACGAGUUUAAUAAGCCCGAUUCAAAGGAUUUCAUCUUCAUGCUAAGCUCUAAAGCGGGCGGCUGCGGGUUGAACCUGAUCGGUGCCAACCGGCUCGUCAUGUUCGACCCCGACUGGAACCCGGCCAACGAUGAGCAAGCGAUGGCACGCGUGUGGCGCGAUGGACAGAAGAAACCUUGCUUCAUCUACCGGCUGCUAGCGACGGGCACGAUCGAGGAGAAGAUUUUCCAACGGCAAACGCAUAAGAAGGCGCUCUCGACGACGGUGGUCGAUAAUGCGGAGGACGGCGAGCGUCAUUUCACGCAGGACGAUCUGAAGGACCUGUUCAAGCUGGACGAACAGACGCGCUCCGAUACGCAUGACAUUUUCCGCUGCAAACGGUGCACGAACGGUGUGCAGAUGAAGCUACCACCGGACGAUAGCGACUGCAUGUCGGAUCUGGUGCACUGGUACCAUAGUGCGAACAAUAAGGGCAUCCCGGACGACAUUCUGUCCAAGUCGUGGGAUAUUACGGGCUGCGUUUCGUUCGUGUUUCAUCAUCGUUCGAAUUCGGCCGUGGUCGAGCAGCAGAUUGCGGAACAGAAGCGCCAGCAGGCACUGGCUGCGAAGGAGGAACAGCAGGACGACGACGAGGACGAGCAGCAGGAGGAUGAUGAUAAGGAGAACGAAGAGGACGACGAACCGGAGGACGAUGAAAAGGAUGAAGAUUUUGUUCUGUAACGCACAAGUCGCCAACAUACCGAUUGUUUAUUAAAAAAAAAAAACAAUAAAUCAUUUACGAUUUGAAUUUGUUUCUGCCUUCUAAACCUCUGUAACCUAAACGAUGCUUCUUCUCAUAGUUACGGCUCCAUAGCCGUUGUCCGUCUGUCUGUCUAUCUGUUGGCCCUAAGCAAUCUGUGACGCUCGAGUACUGGGGAUGGGAGGAACGAAGAAGAAAUAAACAAUCCCGCGUAUCCGUUGCUGUCCGGCGAGGAGAAGUAGGAUUCCUCGCUUCAAGGAUUCCGCCAAACAAACCAAUGCCAGGUUUACUGUACAUUUCCGUCUUAAUAGUGUGUGUGUGUGUGUGGUUUAAUUGUAUGUAAUAUGAUUUAGCUAACACAUGAGCUCCGUGCGCGUGUCGAUUUUCGAUUUCCUGCCCUGCGAACAAGCUCGCUACGCUCUACUUCGGUUUGAAUUUCAAUAGAGUUGCCAUCAGUUCGUCCGCCUCUUCGCCUGUCUUUACGCGCAGCAGUACCGACUUCGGCGGUGGUUUCGCGUCCGGCGUCGGUAGACAGAUCAGCAUUACGUUGUUCUUGCCCACGCGCUGCAGCGGUACCGAUUCGUUCAGGAUGAUGUUGAGCAUAAUGUUGCCGAGGCUCGUAUCGGCACGCACCAGCAGCUGCACCUUCGACUCUACCUUCUUCACGUGCAGCGUACCAACGCCACGGUCCGAGAACGAGCCAUCCACCUUAAAGUACAUCUUGCAGCGCUUCGAGUACAGACUGUCCUUUUCCACGACCGGUGUGAACUCCACCUUCGGUGGUUCGUCCUCAUCGGCGUCUCCUUCCUCGGCGGCGUCUUUAUUCGCGGCCGCACUGCUAUCCGGAACCGGUGGCUUAACUACACCGCUGCCGAACGUAAAUCCGCCCGGUGUUAUCGCUUUGCUAGCGAAUGUGGACGCACCGGCAAAGAACGAUGGCGAGGUGGUGGACACCGUGGAUGAGCUGCUGUUGGUGGUUGCAGUGCUGGCCGCGGCCGUGCUCGAAAAUCCACCGAAAGUAAGUGGUUUGCCGGAAC